AUGAGCAGCCGGCGGCGCUGCGCGCGCGUCCGCUUUUGCGCGGAUAUAACUACGACGACGAGGACGACGACGAUAAUAACAACAACGCUGCUGGUCCCGAUUGCGCUCGCCGCUGCUGCUGCCACUACUGCUGCCGCCACCGCGUCACCACCACCGCUGGCUUUCACGCCCGACCAGAAUUGGGACGGCAUUGAUGGACCGUGGAGCAGUUUUACGCUGCGGGUAGGCAGGCCGGCGCAGACGGUGCGCGUGCUCGCGUCGACAGGCAGCCAGCAGACGUGGGUAGUUGCGCCGGGAGGAUGCGCGUACGCGACUGGGGAGGAGCAGGACGUGUGCGCAACGCAGCGCGGGGGCACGUUCAACGCGUCGGCUUCCGCGUCGUGGAAGGCCAUUGGCAGCUUUGCGCUCGGCUACGAACAAAGCUUGGGGUUCCGCAGCGCGGCCAACUAUGGCUACGACGCUGUUGGCUUGGGCAAUGUUGGGGAUGGCGGGCCCACGCUCGCGAAUACCACCGUGGGCGCCAUGAUGGCGUUGGAUUUCUUUUUGGGCUCGUUUGGCCUCCAUCCUAAACCUACGAAUUUUACGUCCUGGCAGGAUGAGUCGCCGAGUUAUAUGACUAUGCUGAAGGAUCAGGGCCUGAUUCCCAGCUUGUCGUAUGGAUACACGGCGGGGAAUCAAUAUCGCUUGAAUAAGGUUUUGGCAAGUUUGACGCUGGGCGGUUAUGACUCGUCCAAGUUUGUGCCAAACAACGUGAGCUUUGCGUUUGCGCCGGACAACGAACGGGACCUAGUGGUUUGUUUGCAGGCCAUCACCAUGGAAAGCAGCACCAAAGGAAGCCUAGAUCUCUUGCCGGAACCUGCCAAGGUGUACAUUGAUUCGACAGUAUCGCAGAUUUGGCUGCCGGUUUCCGCGUGCGAGAAGUUCGAGGAGGCGUUUGGCUUGACCUAUGACAACGAAACGGAUCUGUACUUGGUCAAUGACACGCUCCAUGAAAGGCUGGCGGCUAUGAACCCUAGAGUCACUUUCACGCUAGGGACCAGCUCUCCAAAGGACGGGACGGUGGACAUCGUCCUCCCAUAUAAGGCCUUUGACCUCACCGCCCAGCCACCUUAUCAGGGACUGCCGAACGCAACAGCGUAUUUCCCUCUCCGGCGUGGCAUGAAUGGUACGCAAUACACUCUUGGCCGCGCUUUUCUACAAGAGGCAUACAUCAUCGUGGAUCAUGAGCGCGCCAACUUUUCCGUCUCGCAAUGCAUCUUUGACGACAAGGCUUCCCAAGAGUUGGUGGGGAUAGCCGAUGCGUCUAGCAGCAAUUCAGACCCAGACAAAGACGGAGACUCAGACGGAGACGCAAACGACGACGGCUCCCUUGGCACUGCCGCCAUUGCUGGUUUGGCUGUAGGACUAACAGUCUUUGUCAUCGCCGUGGGCGCUCUGGUCGGCCUGUUCUACUGGCGGAAACGCUACCGCAAGCUUAAGAAACAAGUCGAUCUGGCGUCGUCGGAAUCACCAAAAACGGAAGACGUCCCUUCUGGGACGGCAGGAGCAGGACGGACCGACAAUUCAACACCGACCUUGCCUAACACAGAGCUCGACGGGACGCCGGUCAGAUCAGAAGACGAUUUGAUCAAGCAGCAGUCCUCUGCCAUGUCAGUCCCGCUAAGCCCGGGGUCGGCGCAGUCGAAUCCUUCUUUCCCGAUGUCAGAAGUCGAAGGGCAGGAGCGGCAGGUAUACGAAAUGCCCGGGGACAUGCCGCCGACGAGCGAGGCGGACGGGCGGGAGCUGUCGGAGAAGCAGGCGAUGCUGUAUCGCGAGGCUAAGUACAACGGCACGGGUCCUGGACCAUUGCCGACGUCCCAGACAAGUCCUGAGCGUGUCCGUCCGGCACCCAUCAGCAACCCGGCGCACGUCAGGCACAGCGUCGGCGCCACCGACGACGAGCCCAUCUCCCCGCUGAGCGCCGAGGGAGCAGCACGUGGAACGCCCAGCCCUCAUCGGCGGCGCUUCUCGUUUGAGGAGCAGGAGUAG